CCCACCUGCACCUGGCUCGGCUCCGCCGCCGCUCCUGGGCUGCGCCGACCCGCCCCGCCGAGCGCCGCGUCUUCGCUUCUAGCCCACGAGCCAUGAACGGCGGCGUGUGCCUGUGCGUGCUGCUGGCGGUACUGGCGGCGGGCGCCCUGGCGCAGCCCGUCCCGGCCGACCCGGCGGGCCCGGGGGCGCAGCGGGAGGACGAGGCGCCCCGGAGGCAGCUGAGGGCAGUGCAGAAGGUGGACGGCGAGCCCCGCGCGCACCUGGGCGCCCUGCUGGCCAGGUACAUCCAGCAGGCCCGGAAAGCUCCUUCUGGCCGAAUGUCCGUCAUUAAGAACCUGCAGAACCUGGACCCCAGUCACAGGAUAAGCGACCGGGACUACAUGGGCUGGAUGGAUUUUGGCCGGCGUAGUGCUGAGGAGUAUGAGUACCCCUCCUAAGGGACCCUGCCUUUGUCGGCACACCAGGAAGCAACCGCCUGGCUCAGAAGAGGCAGAAAAAGAAAACAAUCACACUCAUAACUCAUUGUCUCUGAAGUUUGACAUUUUCAGUAUCUAUUUAUUAAGUUUUCAAUGUGAAAAAUGUCUGUAAGAUUGUCCAGUGCAACCUCACACCUCACCAGAAUUGUACAAAUGGAAGGCAAAACAUUUUCCUCGUCUGUGAUGCGUGGUCCUAAAGUGUUGCUAUGCUAUUAAAAUAAUUUCAUUCUGCUCCCUA